GCGCGUCCCUGGGCGGCGGCGCCUCCCGCGCGGUGGCCGGGCGGCGGCAUGUCGGGGCGGCAGGGGAACAAGCUGCCCAGCAACCUGCCGCAGCUGCAGAACCUCAUCAAGCGCGAUGCCUCCUCCUACACGGAAGAGUUUCUCCAGCAGUACCACCACUACCAGUCCCACCUGGAGAUCUUCGCCUUUCAGCCGGACAAGCCGAGCAAGGACCUGGCGGAGCUGGUCAUGUUCCUGGCGCAGGUUGCCCACUGCUACCCGGAGCACGUGGCCGGCUUUCCCCGGCAGCUGCAGGAGCUGCUCUCCCAGCACCACACCGUCCUGGACGCAGACCUGCGCAUGACGUUCUGCAAGGCUUUGAUCCUGUUAAGAAACAAGAAUCUGGUCCACCCCACGAGCCUGCUGGAGCUCUUCUUUCAGCUGCUGCGGUGCCAUGAUAAGCUGCUACGAAAAACUUUGUAUACUCACAUCGUGUCGGACAUCAAGAAUGUCAAUGCUAAACACAAAAACAACAAAGUAAACACAUCCUUGCAGAACUUUAUGUAUACGAUGCUGAGAGACAGUAAUCCCACUGCUGCCAAGAUUUCUCUGGACGUGAUGAUUGAGCUUUACAGAAGAAAUAUCUGGAAUGAUGCCAAAACUGUAAAUGUCAUCACAACUGCCUGCUUUUCUAAAGUGACAAAGGUUUUGGUUGCUAGUUUGAAGUUUUUCCUUGGGAGAGAUGAAGAUGAGAAACAAGACAGUGACUCAGAAUCUGAGGACGAUGCUCCCACAGCCAGAGAUCUGAUGGUAAGGUACGCAACUAACAAGAAAACCACCAAGCGCAAGAAGAAACUAGAAAAAGCAAUGAAGGUCCUCAAGAAACAGAAGAAGAAGAGCAAGCCAGAGGUGUUCAACUUCUCUGCUAUUCACUUGAUUCAUGAUCCCCAAGACUUUGCAGAAAAACUGCUCAAGCAGCUGGAGAGCUGUAAGGAACGAUUUGAAGUGAAGAUGAUGCUGAUGGACCUAAUAUCUAGGCUGGUUGGAAUACAUGAGCUUUUUCUUUUUAAUUUCUACCCCUUCAUUCAGAGAUUCCUCCAGCCCCAUCAGAGAGAAGUGACAAAGAUUCUUCUGUUUGCUGCACAAGCUUCACAUCAGCUGGUACCACCUGAGAUUAUCCAGUCAGUGUUAAUGACUAUUGCCAACAACUUUGUCACUGACAAGAAUUCUGGAGAGGUCAUGACUGUAGGAAUCAACGCAAUAAAAGAAAUAACUGCGAGAUGUCCAUUAGCCAUGACUGAAGACUUGCUCCAAGACCUUGUUCAGUACAAGACUCAUAAAAAUAAAAAUGUGAUGAUGUCUGCAAGGACUCUGAUUCACCUUUUCCGUUCCCUGAAUCCAGAGAUGCUGCAGAAGAAAUUCAGGGGUAAGCCUACUGAGGCCUCGUUGGAAGCCAGAAUCCAUGAGUAUGGAGAACUGGAUGCCAAAGAUUAUAUUCCAGGAGCAGAAGUACUGGAUGUUGAGAAUCAAAAGGAAAAGGGAGGAAACCAAGAGGAAGAUGGCUGGGAAAGCGCUAGUCUGAGUGAGGAUGAAGAUAAUGAAGAUGGAGAAUGGAUUGAUGUUCCUCAUUCCUCAGAUGAGGAGCAGCAAGUAGUAGCAGAGAAGGUGAAAAGCAUGCCAAUAGAGGAACGAAAAGCCAAAGCUGCAGCAGUCAGUACAAGCAGGCUGCUAACCCAAGAAGACUUCCACAAAAUACGCCUUGCCCAGCUCUCCAAAGAACUUAAUUCUGCCCCUGGUAAAGCUGCCAAGAGGAAAACGAUUGAAAUAGAUGAUGAAGAGGAGGGCAGGGGAGAGCUGCUUUCACUCAGAGAUAUUGAACAUCUGCAUAAGAAGCCUAAAUCGGACAAGGAGACCAGACUGGCAACUGCAAUGGCUGGAAAAACAGACAGAAAAGAAUUUGUGAAAAAGAAAACAAGAAUUAACCCAUUUGCCAGCUCUUCCAACAAAGAAAAGCAAAAGCACAAGAACUUCAUGAUGAUGAGAUACAGCCAUAAUGUCCGGACAAAAAAUAAGCGUUCUUUCAGGGAAAAACAGCUGGCUCUUCGUGAUGCACUUCUGAAAAAGAGAAGACGGCUGCUGAAAUAACAAAAUGGUGAUGGAGAGAACUCCUUCACCCUUCAAGAAAUGCCCCUUGAAAUACCUAUUUCUAAGCACCGCUACCCCAGAGGAAAAACGGGACUGAAAUGCCUUGUGGAUUUAUCUCUGUUCUGUUCAGAAUUACUAAUUGAACACUUCCAAGCUGUCGGAUGUUGCAUCCACAGGGCAGAUGGAAGAGGCCUUAAUCCUUGCGGGAUUUUGAUUAUCCUGAAAGCGUUAUAGGGAAGAAGGCAAUUACCUUUACUGAAUAUAAUUUACUUACAGCUGAUUUUGUAUGUGUAAGUAUUAAAACAUAUAAACUUAUCGUAAAAAUGGUUUCCCUGAAGCAAUUCCUGAAUAGGUAAAUGGAAGGAAAAACAAUAUUCCAGCCUAGUCUGUAAAGUGCGUGCGUAUGUCUGUGCCUGUCCAAGGGAUGUGCUUUUA